GUGACUGAACGUAAAUUCGAGCUACGUAACGACCGAACGUCAACGUCUCGUUGCUAUUGGCUCGUUGCUAUGUUAAUUGGCAGCAGGAACCGGCUGUGAACUAUUUAACUUGGUAAUAGGAUGGAGAGGGCUUGGCGGUAUGCUCAAAACACACGGAGGAUGGACUCAGUCCGUAAUGGAGGUAUCUGUAGGUAAGCAGGAGUUGUAGUCACGAUAAGUGAACAGUCUGAGUGGGUAUUUGUUCAUUUACGGAGACAUGAAGCUAGCUUUGUGUUUGGAAUAAGCUUCUCCGAGCGACCGUGUGAAUGUGCCUCCUUCAAACCUGAGGGAAUCGAACGAGGACGUUGGGGUGGAGAGUUCAUUUCGAUGAUAUUUGGAAAUAUUUGUGAUAAAUAUGAUAAUGUUUGGUUGUGAUAAGAGUGCAGCGAAAGGGAAAGGAAGGGGAGGCAUUGUGGAGAGCUGCAGGAAAAUGGGUGGAUGUAAACAAAGUAGUAGAAAGGUGAAGCGUUGCUGUCCAGAGUUAGCUGUUAACGUUAAGUCUGUUAAUGUAAUUGGCGACCACAUGGCUCCUGUCUUGAUUUGGCUGAGGCUUUCUGUUUUUAUUGAAGGCCAAACUCAACACUCGCCUUUGCCAGUCGGAAAUGUCUUGACACAAAGUUAGGUAAAGUUUGUUUUAGUAUCGGAUUCAUUUUUGAUUCCCGACGGCACGUAAACAGCAACAGUUGGGAUGUUUAAGGACUGACGGCAAUGUAGGAAAAAAUCAUUGCGCUCUGUCAAACACAACGAGUAGGAGAGUAUUGGUUUUAAUGGAUUGUCCACCAUGUGCAUCAUCGGUCGACGGUUUGCUGUGAUUUUGCCGUCGUCCUUAUGUUUUUGUUUAACCGGUUCUGUCCUUGGCUUCUUUUGUGCAAAAACAGUCUGUUGACAAAAUACAGCACUGUUCAGUCUGCACGCAUGUUUUAAAUCAACAUCUCCACAACAACACAGACGAACUUCCAUAUCUCAGCUUUUCAAGAAAUGUUCACACUGAUAAGUCUUAUUUCAAUAGCAAUCAGCCCUCACAUUUUGACAUGAAUUUUCCUUAAAAGUGUGUUAAAAAUGUGACAAAUCAUUUAGUUAUACUUGAUAUUUUCUCCUCUUUCUCUUCAUUCCAGGCGUUUUAUAAAUGGCUAUUGCAGAUUUGGUUCAAGGUGUUAUUAUCAACAUGAAUGGCCAGCUCAUCCAUCAGCCCAAAUAUGUAGAUACUUUCAGAAAGGGGGAUGCUGGUACGGUGAACAGUGCAGGUAGGCUAUGGUUUCCCCUCAAAGUCAUGCACUAUAUUACAGCACACACAAAAAUCCUUUUGUAAUUCAACAUUUUCCCUCUCAAGGUACCUCCAUGUUCUUCAACCUGAAACUGAGGGUAGGAGGGGCUCAGUGCCUACAGUCCCCUCUAUCAGUGUUGUUAAUGCUCCGCCUUACAGAAGAGGGUCAGAGCCUGCUCUUCUGCAGGCUGAGGUGAUGUCCAGGCAGGAAAGCGGCAGAUCAGAGUCUGUGUAUAAUUUCUUGAGUCUUCAGCAUAAUACUGGGGGACUGGCAACAUAUAUUGCUGAGGAACGGACACAAGGUACUUGAGCUUUUAUGGGUUAAACAGACUUUUUGUUUAUAUUUUUUUAAGCAUAUCUUCUUACUUUAUACUUGAUUUUACCCUGCAGAUCCAGACCCUAAUCAUGCUGCUUCUGUGGAAUCAGCCCAGAGCUCAGAAGUUGGUGAGGCAAGUGCCCAAAACAAACAGGUGUGUUUCCUAGACAGGGACAUUUUAUGAACUUAAGAUAACCUUAUGGGCUUUAACUAAUGGCAGUGCUUCUGGUUCCAGGAGGCUCCUUCCAGUGAGACUACAAGUGGUGAUGAUGAUGGUUAUGGUGGCGCUGCUGCUGCUGUUGUGGACCCAAGUGCCUCACUAUCAGCAAGGGACUCUGAGGCCUAUAAUCGAAGUAGAAAUGUAACUUGUGGCAUCUGCAUGGAAGUUGUGUAUGAAAAAACAGAUCCAAAAACCCAUAUGUUUGGAAUCUUGCCCAACUGCAAUCACGCCUAUUGUUUACACUGCAUCAUGACCUGGAGGAAAACAAAAGACCUUGGACCAGACACUGUGAAGUAGGUGGCAGUAAUAUUUUAAAACUUGGCACAGUGCACCAGAAAUGAUUCAGUGUAAUGGUGCUUUUUAUAUUUCUUGCUCAGGACCUGCCCACAGUGCCGGGUGAGGUCUGCCUUCUAUGUGCCUCAUAAAUACUGGGUUGAAGGACAAGAAAAGGACAGUGUGAUUGCUGCCUUCAAACGCAAAUUCAGGUAUGAUAUCAGUCACUUCUAAUGACACCUGUGUAAGAAAGUAACUGAAUCCCAGAUUAUACAACAUAAAAGAAAUUGGGUUAAAAGCUUGUCAUUUGCUCAAAAGCUGUGCUGUCAAAAUAGUCUUAAGGUUCCAUGAAUAGAUAUGACCCAAAAGUUGUAAUGUGCAUUGUGUGAAGAACACAAUAGUAUGUGGACUUGGAGAAAAGAAUGAAACCAUCCUCAUCUAUUUUUUAUUUUUUUAAUCAUUUCUUUCAUAGCUUUCCAAAGACAUAUCCAAAUGAACUUUAAAGGCAGGAGCCCUACCUUUGGUUUUGAUUUUUAAAACUGGUUUAUGCUUAAGAAUUAAAGAGUAUUAGACAAAAAACAAAACAAAAACACAAAUAUACAUGCACUGUAGAUACAGCGCUGUAGAUGUAAACUGAAUGCACGUGUAAAAUCUUUAAUACAGAGUACGUGUUUAGCUGCUUUGUGCUUUGCUGAAAACCAAUUCCACGAGCUUCAAUUGGAGAACUUGGUUUAGGGUUUGUUGUGUGACACUAACUACCACAAGAUGCUCUAGCUCCUGUCAUUAAAUGUUGAUUGAGAUUGUGAUCAUUUCUAACUUUUCUGUCUCUGGUUCUAGUAAGAAAAGCUGCACUUACUAUUCACGACACAGAUACUGCCCCUUUCGAGCCGAAUGUCUUUACCGCCAUGACAAAGAUUCACGCCAUGGGUCAUAUCAAGUAAAUAUCAUCCACAGCCUGUUGUUGAUUAUUCAUCUGCACAAAGAUGAUUGUGUGCUUGCUUUUCCCUAACAUUUAUUUUUGCUCAACAGUAUCCAGUAGAUGAUGAAGAUGAAGAUGACUUUGAUCGUUUAGAUCUGCUCAAUUUCUUCUUAGCCAUGACCCUUCUUGGCACUGAUGAUGACGACUUGGAUGAUGACGAUGACUACGACUUUCCUUUUUAUCUAGCAGAGGAGUUUGGCUUCUGAGCCUUUGAUUUUUUUUUUUUUGUCUGCCUGAAACCAGUAGUUGGGGUCUUGACAAUAAAACUGGCCCCAGAAGAACACAUCCCCUUACCUUUCUGCCCCUGCUGGAUCUCUAAACAUAUUGAGGAGCCAUGAUCAGGAUUGAGGAUAUCAACUGUGCUUCAUGGAAGGUCAAGUGUGUCCAGGAUUUUAUUUCUGCUUGGACUACAGCAGGUCAUUUUACUGACCAGCCCUCCUUCAGCCAGAGGAAAGAACUUUUGAAAUCACCCGUUAGUCUCCUGGGCUGUCACUUAGCUUUCCAGAACAUACAGUUGUUGCCCCAGCCCUAGAAAAAAAAAAAACACAUUAAUGUGUAUGAUAAGCAUUUGAUCCCCUUAAACUUCUGGUUAAACCGAUGCCUCCGAAGUUAAAUUCCUCAUUCUCAGAGUGCCUGAGUGCUUCAAUUUUUGUAGCACAUUGAUUCCCCUUUAAGUGCUCUGUUAAGGUUUCUGUCCAAGCAAAUUGUAUCGGUUUGUUUUAAAAUGUAAAGUGGAUGGUAGUUUUAAAUGUCUAUAGAUAAAAGUUUACUGUAACCCUACUUGCUGAAAUCCACUACUGAUGAUACCUGCCUCAAUUGAUGAAACGCCUUCUCUAGAUUUGACAAAAACUGAAUGUUAAGAUUUUAUUUCUUUUAAACAAGUUGUACUUGUACACAGGAAAUAAAACAUUGCUUCACACUUUGGCUCACUGAAAAGAAUAUGUGUUAUUUUAUAAUAUAACUUUUUUUACUUUUAUAAAACAAGGGUUUAUAAAGUGCUUUGAUAAGCAGAACAAAGCAGCAAGAUAAAAACAAACACAAGAAUAUUCAAGGGGAGACGACCUAAACCAGACUGAAACCCAGAGACCAAAGGGAAUGAAGUUUUUUAAAAGGCAAGUAAUAGAGAGGGAAUACGAACUAAAAUCAUUAAGGGUGGUACAAAUACAAAAUAAAUGUGAGAAGAUGACAUGAGAUAAAAGCAUCAAAGAAAUUUGGUGGGAAUAAAAUCAAGACUGCAUGUAGCAGUUUCCAUCUGGACUAAAAUCUCAGAUAAAAAGGACAGGGGCUUGAAACUACAAAAAAAAAUUUAAAACAUCCUUACUUGCGUUUAAAGUGCAGACUAGGGGGUGACAUUAUCCCUGAUAUCCUUAAUUUUGUUGAUAAAAUAAUCAAAUUCUUGCAUAAAUUAUGAAAAGCAUCACUAAAACAGAAAGGGGAGGGGGUGGUGAACUCUAGCUGCCCUUCGGUAGUUUUUCAUUGCUUCUUUACAGGUGUCUUUAAAAACUUGUAAACCUUUUUUUUUUAUUUUUGCUGUUUGCUCUCCUUUCUCCUACAGUCUCUCUUUAAUCCAUUUAGAGAAUCUGCUAACCAGGGCUGGGGGCCUUAUUUGACUUUUUGUCUUUGAAAGGACUAACAGAAUCCAAGACAGAUUUAAAAGUGUGAUUAAAAAGAGAGACAAGCUCUUCUGUGUUAAAAUCUGGGUUAAAGUUACAAUCUGGCAUUUAAAGAUACAGAAUAAAAAAGCUCCUUAAACUUGCUAGCAGACAUAGAAUUAACAACCCUUUUACAGAUAGUAGGAGUUUCAAUAAAAUCUGUCUGGGAUAAGAAAGAUGUUUUUUCUCUGACAUUUUAAAAAAGAUAAAUUUCACUUUACGACCCUUUUUUAUGUGCUGUUGUUUACAACUGGAGCAACUUAUUCUUGAUAAAGUAUAAUGGAACUUUCCGUAUAUAUUAAUAUUUUUCCAAAUGCACAUUAUGGCAUUCAAAGAGAAAAAAAAGAGAAGCAAUAAAAGAAGAGGAUGUUUUCUC